UGACAGCGGGGGUGUCAGCCUUGGAGGUGUACACACCCAAAGAGAUCUUCGUGGCCAAUGGGACCCAGGGGAAGCUGACCUGCACAUUCAAGUCCACCAACACAACUGGCGGCUUGACCUCGGUCUCCUGGAGCUUCCAGCCGGAGGGGGCGGACACGACCGUGUCGUUUUUCCACUACUCCCAAGGGAAAGUGUACCUUGGGAAUUAUCCUCUAUUUAAGGACAGAAUCAGCUGGGCUGGAGAUCUCGACAAGAAAGACGCAUCAAUCCACAUAGAGAACAUGCAGUUUAUACACAACGGCACCUACAUCUGUGACGUCAAAAACCCUCCCGACAUCGUGGUGCAGCCCGGACACAUCCGGCUGUACAUCGUUGAGAAAGAGAGCUUGGCCCUGUUCCCGGUGUGGGUGGUGGUGGGUAUCGUCACUGCUGUGGUCCUCGGCCUCACGCUGCUCAUCAGCAUGGUUCUGGCUGUCCUCUACAGAAGGAAGAGCUCUACACGGGACUACACUGGCUGCAGUACCUCAGAGAGCCUGUCGCCGGUAAAGCAGGCUCCACGGAAGUCCCCCUCUGACACAGAGGGCCUCGUAAAGAGCCCGCCUUCCGGAUCCCACCAGGGCCCGGUCAUUUACGCGCAGCUAGACCACUCCGGCGGCCGGCACAGCGACAGGAUCAACAAGUCAGAGUCCGUGGUGUACGCGGACAUCCGGAAGAACUGAGAGAACCCCACGAACGCGUCCUCGGCGAGAAGCAGACGCAGACACCCCCGUGCAGAAACCCGCCCCCACGCAGCCCCGAGCCCCGGGCGCCGUGGAAGGCGUGCGUGUGCAGGGACGCACGGACACUUCCCCCCCGCGAGGAGCUGCUGCUGCGUGAGGACACGGUGCGAGGCCACGCGUGUGUAAACUGUCUUGCUGUUGUGCUUUCUUCUAGGGCCGUUCGCGAUUGAGAAAUUUCAGACACAUUCCUGUCGCCGUGGCUGGCCUCACUAGAGGCAGUCGCGGGCCUUUCCAUACCUGCGUAGACGCGGCCUUCUCGUCUGGGGGCCUCACUAGUCGUGGCGCUCCUUGAGCGGAGGCCGGGUGGCCGACGGGGCUAGCUCUUGGAGAACACCCCCGAGCCUGCCCUCGGCAGGGCACAAGCUUCUGUUCUCCGCCCUGAAGAACGGCAGUUUUUAGCUUUCUGGGCCGUGCACACUUCCUUGAGCGUCAGACCUUCAGGCGUGUCGCUGCAGUUUGUGGAUCACAUCGGCACGGGCGGCAAAGGGUAACCGCCACUGCCCCUCCGUGGUCUUCACGGUCCAGACCUCUGAGCCCGUUCCCGGGGAAAGCCCAGCUCUGCCCGGGGGUCGUGCCGUCUGGAGAGCAGAAGGCCCCACUGCCAGCCUUCCAGAGUCCUUUCUGCUGGGAGGAGGAGCGCCGACUGGAGGGGAGCUCCCUGCAGAGCUGGGCCCCGCAGCCAGCAGCAGCCCGGCCCCCCGCAGCCCCUUCUCUGCAGGGCCCAGGCCCGUCUGCCGCUGCCUCCUGCGCCGCGGGGUGGUGCGGUCUCAGACCGAGGGGGCUGCUGGCAGGGUUACUUUGGAAAUCUCUCCGAUCCUGUUUUUCUGCUUUUCUCCCAUAAACUAUGAGGUGAAAAAUCAGGCCAUUUGGGGGCAUCCUUCCCGAAACUCGUGUUCCCCACUGACGGCCCUUCACCCUCCGACCGGGGUCUGUUUUUCACUGGGAGCGGGGCGCAGGCCAGGCCGCGCAGAGCUUGUCCGUCCUCACGCUCGUUCAGUUACUUCCCUUCGGAGUUGCCGGGAGCCCCAGGUACAGGAAGGGCUCUGCGGGGGUGAGCCCCAGAUCUGACCAGCCGGAGGGCGCGGGCACUUGGACACCCCGCCUAUGGUGUUCCCAGGGCGCUCGGCCCGCUAGGGUGGGAAGGGACACCCCACCCAGGUUUGUCGCACACCUGCCACCCUCCAGGGCCUCUGCUGGGCCACGGUGCCACCACGCAGCCGGCAGGUUGUGCUCCGCGACAGCGACCACGUGUGCCUGCCGGCGCCGCCCGCCCGGGUGUCCUCCCAGGC